AUUAAUACAGUUUGGAUCUCCUGUAAGUGCAUUUACUCAAGCACUCAACCUAAGUAAAAAUCACUGAGUGCUUUUUUUUAUUUAAGUCUACUUUAAAGGUGCAAUAUGUAAUAAUUUUAGUUUACAAAAAUGUUUUGAUGCUAUAUCAACGACGUCUUUAUGUUUCUAAGUUCUGUAUCAUAACAACUGGACGUGUUUCAGUUUCUCAUCCAAGAGGCUUCUUCAGUUCAGACUAACUGGAGGGGAGUCGCAGGCUUUUGAACCCUGUGUGGGAGUGUCCUUACAGAGCCUUGUAUUGUGUUUCGGAUAUUUCCACCCACUAAUAUCCCUCUGAGCUUCCGGGCCAGAAUGCUAGCUACAUGGCUUACUGAGCUAACAGCAGCUACAAUUAGCAGCAGUUAGCAGCUACAAUUAGUGGCAGUUAGCGACCAGCUGCAUAUGAAUUCAAGAAGUUUCUAAUUCUUGCAUAUGGCGAUUUUAAGUACUAUUUACUGGUAACAGGUCUACCUACAUGCUUUAACUCAAAUAAGGUUUGGAGUGCAGGACUUUUACUCAUGGAGUAUGUUUUACAGUUUUACAUAUAUUGGUGCUUUUACUGAAGUAAUGACCUAAAUACUUUGUCCACCACUGAUAUCCAUUUGGCUAGUUAUACAUACCACAGAAAGUGUAUGGUAUACAAAUAUUAAAAUGUGUAGUAUUUAGUGUGUCAUUUUCUCCUUGAUGAAUUAAACAGAAUAAUAUAAUAACAGACGCCUGAACUGAACUCACUUUAUCAUACAUUGUAUUUUUUAUAUAUGCUCAUAUUUAAUUAUUUAAAUGUACUCAUAAUAUCCGUGGUGUGUUAUGUGUAUGCAGUGCCCCUCCUGAGUGUGUUACAGGACCAUUGCAAUGUGUUUUCUUUGAGGACUGUGAAGCCAACAGGGCGGCUCAACAGUCCGGAUCCAGUAUGAACCCUGGCCGAUCCGCUCCGCGUUUUGGCACCGCCAUUUUUUAAAAACCACCUCUUCUACUUGGGAGCAGUGAAAAACACUCUAGCAUCAGGGGCAGCAGAUGACCCGGCGCGGCAGCCAGGAGCACAACAGUCCUGUCUAACAAAUGAAAGGAUGGGGGGCAUCAGCAGCAGCUGAAUUCAGACAAACUGGAUCAGGGGCCGAGGGGAGAGAACCGCUUUCUGCUCACUCUUGGGUGACUUUUGUUGGAUUUAUCCGCUGGUCCGCACCAACAUGCCAUUUGCCAAACGACUCGUGGAACCUCAGUUGCUGUGCAGGUAUGAAAUCCCAAACGAGGAGGGUCUGCUUUUCGAGGAUCUGGUCUCCAUCAGUAACGUGGCUCUGUCUCGGACCUUGCGGCAGCUGUCGGACCUGGCCAAACAUGCCUGCUCCAUAUUCCAGGAGCUGGAGGGCGAGCUCACAUCCACCAACCAGCGGGUCAGGGGGCUGCAGAGUAAGAUCGGCCGGCUCCAGCAGGGCUGCUCCGAGCUGGACCCCAAACAGGAGGCAGUGCCGGUGUCGAACCUGGAUGUGGAGAGUAAGCUGACGGCACAUUACCGAGCUCCCUGGCAUCAGCAGAGGAACGUUUUCCACCCCUCCACGCGGCCAGCAUGUGUGGAAGACCUCCACAGGCAAGCCAACUUCAGCCUGUGGGCCCUGCACCGAGAUCCCCAGAGGAGACAAUCUGGCAGCAGGGAGCGGAGAGUGACCAUCUCGAUCUCGGCGGUGCCCCCGAUGCCCAUGUACCCCUCCCCACAGAUUACCCCAAAGCAGGGACAGAGGGGCAUAAAUCUGACAACGUUCGAAUCCACCCGCUCCUCCUCCCCUACCGAAUGUUGCCGCUUCUCUCCCUGGAGCAGAAAGGCUGCGCCCUCUGACCCCGACACUGACGGGGUGGCUCUAGGUCACCGGUCUAAGUUUCCCAUCCCUAACAUCCCCUCCACCCUGGACAAGCAGACUAACUGGUCUAAAGCCCUGCCGCUGCCCACCCCAGAGGAACGAAUGAAAAGCAGUUCCCACGUCAUCAACUCGUGUGUCAUCCCCAUUAAUGUGACUGGGGUUGGCUUUGACAGAGAUGCUAGUGUGCGCUGCUCGCUCGUUCACUCGCAGUCUGUGCUUCAGAGGAGGAGGAAGCUGAGGAGACGGAGGACCGUCGCUGGUGUUCCCAGACAGGUGCAGCAGGACUUAGAUUCUGAUGACUCUCCUGGCUCCAGAGAGCGGACGGUGAUAGUUCAUGCCAGUCCCGAUAUCACUCCCUCCAGUGAGGAGCUGGCCAGUCAUCUCGGCACCAGAGACUCAGGUUGCCAGACGGAAGACUUUCUGAUCUCAGGUGCGCCGUCUCGGAGGAGGAUCAGGGCCCAGAGAGGCCAGGGAGUCUCCCUCUCCCUCUCCCACUCUGCAGGCAACAUCUCGUGUCUACAGGACAGCGCCGACGCCAUGUUCACCACCUCCGUGGGCGCGCACCUGCGCUCCCGGAGUCUGCCCCGAGACGGGAACAGGAUGAUAGACAACGGGCACAAUGACAGCGAUGAUGAGGUGGAGCUCCCCCCCUUCGACAAUGUGGACUUCCUGCCUGGACCUGGGGAGCUGAUUCUGAAGGAUGAAGAGAGCACAGACGACCAGGCCAUGUCUGAGCACCAGCUGAGUCUGAAGUACAAGCAGCUCAUGGAGAGUCCAGAGCGCAGCUGGAUGGAGAGGACCAGAUCACAGCUGCCCAGGAAGACCGACAUGGGCAGCUGUGAGAUCUCAUCCAGCUCUGACACCUUCAGCAGCCCUGUUCACUCCGUGUCAGUGGCGGGGGUGCUGGGAGGACAGAUGGACCACAAGGACGACCACCAGUCCUCAAGCGGGAACUGGAGCGGGAGCAGCUCCACCUGCCCCUCCCAGACCUCAGAGACGAUCCCCCCCGCAGCCUCUCCACCGCUGACGGGCUCCUCACACUGUGACUCUGAGCUCUCCCUGAACACUGCCACUCACGCCAACGACGACCAGACCAGCUUCAUGCUGGACCACUACCAGGGCCUCCGGACCCAGCGGGCAGGCUCCUUCUCCUCCACAGCUAUGGACAUAUUAGAGGAGGUAGGGGCCGGCACUCCCAUCGAUCGUGAGUGGAGUUACCCCCUCCCAGAUCCUCCGCACUCACAGGACUUCAGCCCCGAGCCGAGCAGAGAGGCUGAGAGCAGCCUGGGCUGCCCCAGCUUCACCAGCAUGGCCACCUGUGAGAGCAGCUUCUCUGACAAACCUAUGUCGGAGAAAGCUGACUCCGUCUCACACUACUCUGUAGACACUGAAGGCUACUACACCUCCAUGCACUUUGACUGCGGUCUAAAAGGUAGCAAAAGCUUCACGUAUAACUAUGUAGCCCCGGGCUCCGACUGUAGCCUGUCUGAACUGAGCGGUGUCAUGACUCUGGGGAGACGCUGCCUGUCUCUGAGGAAACCAAAGGCGAAGCCGUGUCCGCCUAAGAGGAGCUCGUCCUUAAGAAAAAUAUGCAGUGAGGGACACAUCCCUGACAAGAAAGAACCAAAGAUUUCAUGUGGGCAGCAGCUUCCACUGUCUUCCAAGGAGAGGAACCUGCAGCUGGCAUUGUCUGGCUCUCCAGGUCAUCUAGAGAACUCUUCACUAGCCAGAGAGCCUCUCGUGGUCUGGGGGGUGGAGGGCUCGGCUGAUCUACCCGACUUGGGCGUGUUUAGCUCCACAGAUGCACAUUCGUUUAAGGACGACGGGGUUGUACAGUCAGACUAUGCAGAUCUGUGGCUGCUGAACGAUUUAAAAUCCAGCGAUCCUUACAGGUCUCUGUCGAACUCCAGCACAGCAACAGGUACGACUGUCAUCGAAUGCAUCAAGUCACAGGAAAGCUCGGAGUCUCAGACGUCGCAGUCCGGCUCCAGAGCCACCACCCCCUCGCUUCCAUCAGUGGAGGGAGACUUCAAGCUGACGUCUCCAGAGAAGCUGGCAGCCCUCGCCAGCCCAUCCAGCGGCUACUCCAGUCAGUCAGAAACCCCCACCUCCUCGUUCCCCUCCGCCUUCUUCCCUGGACCGCUGUCACCGUCCAGCGGCAAGAGGAAGCCAAAGGUCCCGGAGAGGAAGUCGUCUCUCUCCUCGCUGUCGCUGCAGUCGUUCUCCUGCAGGGACGGCGCUGCGUCAAAGGGAGACCUGGAGCUGCCAAUCAUCCCUCCCUCUCACCUCGACUUAAGUGCCCUUCACAGUGCCGGAAACAAGUCUUCAGCUUACAGGACGCAGAUUCAAAUGCUUCACCAAAACAAACAGAAAGCCCCAGUGUCACCCAAACCUGUAGCUCCACCCAACUCGGAGGUGUUUAAUGCCCAUCCCAUGUCCAUCACGCCCACAGUGCUGCACUCAGUACAGCUCCGGUCCAUCAGCAGAGAUCAUGAAGGAAGUCACGAGGACAGAACCGCCCCCAAAUGUCCCACUGUGAACUUUACUAGCAUACUUUCCAGUUGUAAAUCCUUAGAGCUUAAACCUCCCCAGCUACACAACUCACAUCAUCACACACCCACUAAGGGGUCGUGCGAAUCAAUGUUUACCUCAAACGAAGAGCUGGCAGAUGGAGAGGCAGCUUGUCAGAGCGAGACGAGGAUCAAUCAGGACAGAGAGGCUCCUUUAGAGAGUGUGACAGCAAACAGACUGGAGUCAGAGUCGUGGUUAGACAUCCCAGAGAGUCAUGAAGGAGAGACGUGCAGAGAGUUGGCAGAAACACCUGUCUGCUCGCAGUCGGAGCAAAGAACUGAGCUGUGUGAAGAAGAAGAAGAAGAAGAGAUAAAAGCAGGUCCUCCCGUCUCUCUUCAGCACAGCUCACCCAACAGAUCCAACGGUCUCGACAAAGUGCCUGCUGCCAACGGCCAAUCAGAGAUGCUGCAGGGGAGUCCGACCAGUAAUGAGACGGAAGCAGAAUAUGAGAUGACAGUUUCAGCCCAGAGUGCCUCUCAGGAUGUUAAAUUGGAGUCCACAGCAGAGACAGAGGACCACUUCAGUAAAGACUCUACGCCCAGUGACACCACAGCGUCCCCUCAGAGUGACGAGUCGAAGCCGGAGGAUGACAGCGUGUUUCUGUCGCCCACCAAAGCUCGGACCACUGAGGAUCUGUUCGCCAUGAUCCACAGGUCCAAAAGGAAAGUGCUGGGCCGGAAGGACUCCAGUGAGUUGGUCGUGAGGAACCGCCUCACUGCUGCGUCGGGGAACACACCGCCCAGCAGCACCGUCAGCUCUCCGGUCUCACUGGUGUCGCCCUCCUCCCCCAUGACCCCGCCGGGCCUGCAGAGAGUCACCGGGCCCAUCUACAGGAAUGUGAAGAGGUCCAGCACCUCCAACGAGGAGUUCAAACUGCUGCUGCUGAAAAAGGGCAGCCGCUCAGACUCAAGUUACCGCAUGUCCGCCACAGAGAUCCUCAAGAGCCCCAUCGCGCCUAAAUCUCCUGGAGAUUCCCUGACGGAGUCGCCCAGACAGCCUGAAGAGCCCGCCUCCCCCCUGCAGCUUCCACCAGGACCAGAUCAGCUCUCCAGCCCCUAUCCCAAAGCCAACGCUGAGGGCUUCUCCCCGAAAUCCUUCCACAUGUCCGCUGCCUCCAGGCAGGGCCGCUCCAGGAUCCCGCCACCCGCCAACAGCAGCCGCUACGGCAUGCGCAGCAGACUGUACCCGGUGCCGAUGCAGGCGAUCUCUGAGGGCGAGACGGAGAACUCGGACGGGAGUCCUCAUGACGACCGCUCGUCACAGGGCUCCACGUAGAAACAGUGAGAGGUGUCGAGAGGUAUGAUAUGAUUUCCUUAGUUUACAGGAAAAAACAAAAACAAAACAAAUGGACCAGAAUGAGUUUUAAUAUAUAUGAGAUGUGCUGAGGAGGUUUUCAGAACAUUAGGGAUAAAUCAUGUGUUAAUAAUCAUGCUUUUACUAACUGUGGCUGAGUUUCAUAGCUGUUUCCUUUUGGUUAUUGUGUGGAUACUUUAAACGAUUUUAUCGGUGUUCGGAAAUGUUUUAUACAUACAGUACGUCUAAAUAAUAUCCUUAUGAUAUGAAUACAUUAGCAACAGGGAACCAGAUUAUUAUUAUUGUUAUUAUUAUUAUUAUUAUUAUUAUUAUUAUUAUUAUUGAUGAAUAGAAGUGAUGAGCAAAACAUUAAUCCAGUUCAGUCCUACAGAAAACUCCCUCCCUUCAACCCGACUACAGUAUAUUAAUGUUGAAUUUUAACUUCCCUGCUGUCAGAUUUAUCUUCAGAAUUUUAAGAAAAACAUGCCCAGUUCAACAUUUCUGUCAGUAUCUUGUAGAAAAAGAGAAAUAUAUUGGAUAAGCUGUAUGUAUUCUGUGAAUACCUAUGCAAUUAGACUUGAAGUCAGUUGUACAGAUUAUUAUGAAGCCCCGUCAUCAGGAUCAACACUGUGAGAAGCAGCAGUGGGGAAAAAAUAAAUGAAAUGUGAAGCCUGGAUGCAUUUGUAGAUUUUACUCAGUCCUUUUAAAAGCAUAUUAAGUAAAAUAAUAUAAUGAAUCAAAAACUGUUUGAUUUCUAUUAAAUUCUCAUGCAAUAAAAAAAUUAACUAGAGGUGAGACAGGAAGCGUCAAAGCACUAACUCGACAAUCUUAGGAGACGGGAGGAGAGCAGGUGUUAACAUGGGAGAUGAAAAAGUGAACAAAAAAGUCGGAGGUCGUGAAACAGGUGAGCUGCAAAAGAACAAGGAGGUCAAAUGUUUGUUUGUUUUUUUAAAAACGUGUAGUAAAAGGUCAUUUCUGGUUUGCUGACUUGGUGUGUUUACGGAUCGUUGAAAGAGGCGAGUGGAAAGUGUUCAGGAGGAUCUAAUAUGCCUUAUUUUACUCAACAAGAGACGGGAAGUGACGGAGCAGCUCGGGCCUCAGCAAGUUGAGUGUUUUCGUGAGAUUUUUGGGGGGUUUUGAUGGAGGAUGGAGGGUUAAAUCUGAUGAUGGAACGAACAAGUUAUGGAAUUGGAAAUAAGGCAUUUUUUGUACCAAAUGCUCCUCUAUUUUAUUCCCCGUCAAAAAUUGAACCUGCCACGGUUUCGUGUUUCCUGUGUGGCAACAAUUGAGAUAUAUUUAUUUUUGUAACUGGCAGAAAAUCUCUGCACGCUCCCUGACUUGGUUUACACCUUCAGACAACCUACAGCUGAAUUAUGCAACGAAUUGCUGGAGUUAAUAAUCACAUAUUUUAUUCAGAUGCUUAUUUUGCUUACGAGAGACACAUUUUUAAAUCUUAUUUCAGACACUGGUUUGCAGAGACAAAUGGGAUGAGCAACUCAAUGAUGUCAUUAAAAAAUGGCACCAACAGUCAUAAGCUACAAGUGAGGUUAUAGUUGUAACCCUGGCGCUCUGAGUCCCACAAGCUCACAAUAAUGUUAUAGAUACAUGGUGUGUACUGCAGUGAUGGACGCUCGACCAUUAUGCAAAUAAUAAUAGUCUAUGUAGCCAUACUACCCGAUGGAAGAGUCGUUCUUCUCCACAGGUACACUGUAAAUAUCAUCUUAAUUUUGGCCUUAAUGAUGCUCCGUAUUAAUGCAAUGACACAAAAUAACAGGGUACACAUCGGGGUCGUGUGUGUGAACCUUCAUUCCAACCUUUUUUUCUUUUUGUUUGUUUGUUUUUUUUUUUUUUUGCACUGAUAAAGUGACGUUUGUGAAGUUUCAUUUGUCUCUUGCUGUACCUGGAGAUAUUUAUAGACCUUUACAUGGAGCUGUUUGACUUUCCUUCGAUAAUAUUCACACUCUUUAACAGUUCGCUUCAGGAGCGGACGUGAUGCUUCUGCCAAAGGCUAGAACGUGCACGUUAGUGGCAUCAAGCUGUUUUUUUGUUCUGUUUUUUUUUUUUUUUUUUUCCUCUGCCCAUUUACUUGACUGAAAACAUAAAAACUGAUACUAAAGAAGAAACACAGCGUAACUUACUGUAUGGUACUAGAUGCAUUUCACUUCACGUCAGAUCAACUUCUGUGUACUGUAGGUGUCAGCUUUGUAAUUUUUUUUUCUUUUUUUGUACAAACUUGUAAAUACAAUGACUUUUGGAAUCGUCUCAAAGGUUGUUGAAUUGUUUCUUAAUGUAAAAAAGGAAAAAAAAGAAAUGUUUUCAAAAGUUUACAUUAAUUUCAAAAACCUUUGUAUAUUUUUGAGCUGUGGAACACUUUGUCUUGUAUUUAUUUUUUAGUAAGCAUUGUGGAAAUCCCAUAGUAAAUCCUAUCAAAGCCAAGUGCUAGCACCACAGGCUGCUUAGCAAAUGUGUAUAAAAGACAAAUAAAUGUGACUGCUUUGAAAAUGGCU